AUGAAUGACACUCCCCGACUUCGGUCUGCUUUCCCUCAGACGCCCCAAACGUCGCAGAAAUCGCGAGCCUUCUACACCUCCCCAUCCAGAUCUAAACAGCGCGAUGCAGGACUCCGACAGUCUCCCUCAGAGGCGUUGCCGACAGCCCGAGAUGCAAGUUUGCCACUUAUCCCAGUUGAGCUGAUAGAUGCGCCAUCGCAACGACUCUAUAUAGUGGCUUUUUAUGUCGCGCUCAACGCCUGGCGGCUGUAUGAAUCUUGGAAAGCUUCGGAUGAUUUAGAUGCGACCUGGUUAUUUCUGAAGUGGGCUUGUAUUGAUGGAGUGUUCCUUUUUGGACUUCAGGCCUUGCGCAUACCCUGGCUAGAAUGGGCUUUUCCUACAACCCUUGCGAUUUUCCUGAUACACGUAGUUGGCAAUGUAUUCCUCAUGUUUCGCAUCCCGAUCCCAGUUGGUGCCUGGGUAUCAGGAAUAGUCAAACUGGCCUACGAUAGAGAGUUGUCGAUCUCAGAACGGAGUGUUAAGCCAGGUGAUAUCAUUCAUAAUGCAUCACUCAUACUGGGAAAACAAAUAGUUCAUAUACUGCCUGAAGGAUCUGCUGUGUUGAACCCAGACCAGACACCUCUCUGUAUAGAUUCAGAGAAGACCACUAUCAAUCUGCCCAUUCGAAUUAACCAGACAGACCCUAUCUUGAUAGAGUUAUUCCGCUUGGAUUUUACUAGCGGCGGCAAUGAAACGAUAACGAUAUCCUCGAAGCAGCUGAAACAGAUGAAACGUCAAGCAGGCAAGAAAAAUCAGGGCUCUGGCACUGAUUUGCACCUUGACCUUCUACUUCCUAUUCGGCGGCCGGGUAUAUACCGUCUCCAAAGGGUAGUAGAUGAGUCCAAUCUUGACGUUCGUAUGCGAAGGUCUGAUGCACUUGUUGUAUCAUGUCCUCGGGCAUCGAUUAAAAGCUCCCACACCCAUAAGUGUAGAGGCGAGUUGUCUAAUUUGGUCCUGACGGUCGAGGGCACACCGCCGCUGAAGAUCAAAUACAGCAGACAAGUGAAUCGUCGUGACCGGGGCUUCUCUUUUCAAAACAUCCAACCAGAUUACUUACGGUCACCGUUACUAGGCCAGAGGAAUAUUGGUACCCUUUUCAAUUCGCAAGAGCCGGACGUUGCUUGGGCCCAGAGCCAAAAUAUUGAAGUACCGUUGAAUGAGUCACUGAACAUCGGUGGGGAGUGGCUUUAUGCUAUUGAAGAAGUACAUGACGGCUGUGGCAACGUUGCCAAUUAUACAGCAUUUUUUAAUGAGGUCGAUCGACUGCCUACAAAAUUCUUGUCCCAGUGGCAUCAAUUCUCUGUCCAUGAAAGGCCCCGUUUAUCUUUGUCUGGAUGCAAUGAUCAGCAUUUCAUAGAAGUUGCACGAGGGGACAGUGUGGAUCUGCCCGUCAAGUUUCACCAGUCGGGUCAAGGGUAUGACAAAGAUGGGCCUUUUUCUAUCGUAUAUUCUUUCAACAACAAUCAAGAGACUGCUGGCAAUAUGCCUGGUAGAGUCCGAGAACUGUCUUUGAAGAAUCUGGGCCAAAAACCUCAGAUAAAAGAUCCAGGAUGGUACGUUUUGGAUGCUAUUUCUAGUCAAUUUUGCUCAGGCGAGAUUCUGGAACCAUCGUCCUGUUAUCUGCAUAACCCUCCCGAACCUGAGCUGGCAGUCAGAUAUGAAAAGAUUUUUGACAAAUGCGCAAACAACCCGGUCGGCUUGUUGGUCGAUUUAGACUUCACUGGAUCCCCACCGUUCCGGCUUCGGUACGUCGUUGAACAUUCCAAAGGCAUUGAGACCAAGACCCAGUUGAUUGAGGGGUUGCGGACUCAGCUGGACCUCACUCCUUCUGAAGCGGGCUUGUACCGCUAUCGUUUCCUAGAUAUUGCAGACACAGUGUACGCUCCACGACCUCUCAAAGACAAGGCCCCCGUUCUAGAGCAACACGUUAAACCUCCUGCUUCUGCUCAUUUCCUUGGGCCUAGAGAGGUGCGGAAGGCUUGCUUCGGUGAGCCUGUGUCUGUUGAUGUAGCCUUGCUUGGUGAAGCGCCAUGGACUUUGCAGUACGAACUUGUUCAUAAUGGCAAGAAAACCAAGUACGUUUUGGAAACAGAGAAUGAGGUGUCAAGCAUCGUGACCGAAAAGCUCGUCAGUGGCGGUGAAUACAACCUUGUUUUAACGAGUGUCAAAGACCGGUCAAACUGCAAACGAAUUCUGAAGGAUAGUAUCCAGAUCGACGCUCGACCAAAACCGCCACAUGUAUCUUUUGGGGAGAUCGAGAAAAGUAGGAAAUAUUCGGCCUUACAGGGCUCUAAAGUCGAUAUUCCCCUCAGAUUGAGUGGUGAGCGACCAUGGACUUUGAAGUACAAAACAAGCCACGAUUCUCUAGUCGUUGAGAAGACGUUAUGGCAGGAGAAUAGCGCUUUGACUGUGGGACACGAGGGGCGUUAUGAACUCCUCGAAGUGACUGAUGCUUCCUGUCCUGGAUCUGUUGACCAAGCCGCUAAGAUAUUCGAGGUUUCCUGGAUACCUCGCCCGCGUAUUACUGCUGUGGACGGUUCUCCUGUAAGAGCAGGCGGGCACAAAGAGAAGCGCGAUGUUUGCCAAGGAGAAAAUGACAAUCUCGAGCUUCGAUUGUCAGGUAGUCCGCCAUACAGUAUUAAAUACGAACAACAACGCAAGACUACUCGUGGUUCGCCAUCUGUUCGACUGCAGAAUCUGAGGACAGUUCUUCAUGCGGCUUCCAUGGAAAUGGAUACCUCGGAGGCUGGACUGUACACGUACACGUUUACGGAAAUCGGUGACAAUCUCUACGACCAUGACCCCAGAAGCAACCCGGUGGUUGUGACACAGAAGGUGAACCCUUUACCAUCGGCGCGAUUUGAUGCUCCUGGCCGAAUCUACGGUUUCUGCAAGGAGGAUGUCAGCGGCGAAGAAUUGAUUCCCAUCACUUUGGAUGGCGUCCCGCCUUUCUCCCUUGAAAUAUCCAUAAAACAUCAUUCGAAAGCAAAGCCGGAACUUGUGUCAAUCUCAAAUAUCGUUUCAAAUAGACACAUGCUUCCCAUACCACGGCGUCAUCUAGACCUAGGCCAGCAUGUUGUCAGCAUUCACAAGGUCAGAGACGCACGUGGAUGCCAGCGGGCCACCGAAAAUGAUGCCUCAUCCGUGAGGGUUGCAGUCUCCGACGUGCCUACCGUAAUCCCUCUCGAAUCCAAGGCCGACUAUUGCGUUGGUGAGCGGCUUUCUUUCUCACUUUCAGGGCAUGCACCAUUUGAGGUAUUCUAUACAUUUGAUGGGGUUGCUAGAAAAGCUACUUCCCGGACGACGAAUUUCCGUCGCAUCGCAGAGAGACCUGGUGUAUUCACCAUCACCGCCGUAAGCGAUGGUGCCAGUGGCAAAUGCAAAGCGCACAAAAACGUAACCAAAACCAUCCACGAGAUGCCAAGUGUUAGAAUCAGCAGAGGCCAGACCUCUGUUGUUGAUAUACACGAAGGUGGAGAAGCCGAGCUUCACUUUGAAUUCUGGGGGACGCCUCCAUUUGAGUUCACAUAUAUCCGUAGCUCAAUCGCCCGAAGGGGGAAGAGGGCGGAAAUACUUGACAUUAAGCAUGACAUUUCUUACGAACAUUUCAAGACCAUUAAAACCUCGGACGAAGGAACUUACGAGGUUGUGGCGAUUAAGGACAAGUUUUGCUCGGUUUCAUCUCAGACACAUCUAGAGAAGUCCGAAAAACCAACUGUGCCAUAG